GUAUGCGGAUGGAAGCAGCGGAUGCGCGAGUGAGUGCGCGUAGCUUGACAGGUUUAGCAGUAGCAUUUUCUUUUCAGCUCUGCUUCGUUGGAUAUAUUAUUUUUAUAAUGGCGUAGGCAAGCCCGCGAUUUUAGUUGAAGAGCGCAACUUCAACUCCUCGGCUUUAUUGCGGCUCUACGUGCUCUCUCAACAAGACUAUCCGAACACACCAACACGGACGACUCAUCUCGUUUACGCUGCCCACACCUCACAGGCGCUCGGUCUUUGCGUGCGGCGGCCACUAAGCCUAAGCGGGCGUGAAGUGCGGUUUUCUUGUGUGUGUGGUUUUUGUGCGUCGUGUGUGCGUGGUGUAUGCGUCGCGCUCGCGAUGUUUCCCUCGGAGCUAGAUUGAACGCAUCAUGUUCCAUCGGCGUCACACAGACGGCGUUUGUGCGUGGCCGUGAGCUCCGAUAUUGUGCCGUCUCCGGAAUGCCCGCAUCUCCAGGGGGCCAGCGAGUGUUUGUCGUCUGCGUCCGAGUCCCCCUGCGUACAGUCGGGGCGGUACGGCGCUUCGCAUGAUCCGGAUAAGCGAUCGGCUGAACGCAAACACAGCUUCUUAGAGUUUGGACCAUCGUUGGUGAGCCGCGAUGUCCAAGCGGACGGACACCCGCUGUCCGGACGACCGUAUCCGCGAGUUGGAACAGAUGUUCCUGGGCGGACCGGUGUUGGUCAGCGGCAAAGCAUUCACGGUCGAAGGUCUCCUGGACGUGUUAAUCGUGCUGUACGAUGAGUGCUGCAACUCUUCGUUGCGAAAGGAGAAGACCAUGACCAACUUCGUAGAAUACGUAAAACCAGUGGUACAGAGGAUCAAGGACUUGCGGCUGACCAAGGAUGACUUCGACGUGCUCAAGGUCAUCGGGAGAGGAGCGUUUGGAGAGGUGGCUGUUGUAAAAGAACGGAAUACAGGAAAAGUGUAUGCCAUGAAGAUCCUCAACAAGUGGGAGAUGCUCAAGAGAGCUGAAACGGCCUGUUUCCAAGAAGAGCGUGAUGUGCUUGUUUUUGGUGACAGGCGGUGGAUUACAAAUCUCCACUACUCAUUCCAAGAUGACACCAACUUGUAUCUCGUCAUGGAUUACUACUGCGGAGGAGACCUGCUGACCCUGCUCAGCAAGUUUGAGGACAAACUUCCUGAGGAGAUGGCACGUUUCUACAUUACUGAGAUGAUCCUCGCCAUAGAUUCUAUACACUCGUUGCACUACGUGCACCGAGACAUUAAGCCCGACAAUGUGCUGCUGGAUGCCAAUGGCCACAUACGGCUGGCCGACUUCGGCUCCUGUCUUCGACUAUGUGAUGACGGAACGGUUCAGUCCAAUGUUGCUGUAGGCACUCCCGACUACAUAUCUCCUGAAAUCUUAAGGGCUAUGGAAGACGGGCAGGGCAGGUACGGCCCAGAGUGUGACUGGUGGUCCCUGGGGGUGUGCAUGUACGAGAUGCUUUACGGCGAGACCCCAUUUUAUGCUGAGAGUCUCGUCGAAACCUACGGCAAGAUCAUGAAUCACAAGAACUGCUUUGAUUUUCCGGAUGACCCUGGCUGCAAUAUUUCGGAAGACGCCAAGGACCUUAUGAGGCGGUUGAUCUGUAGUGCUGACUCUCGACUUGGGCAGAAUGGACUGCAGGACUUCAAGAGCCAUUCGUGGUUCAGCAGUGUUGACUGGGACCACAUACGAGAGAGUCGGGCACCCUACAUUCCGGAGGUCAGCAGUCCUACGGACACCUCCAACUUCGAUGUGGAUGACGCUGACCUCAAGCAACCAUAUUUCCCUGUAAUGCCGUUCGGUCUCAGUCAUGGAAGUGUGUUCAGUCGAUUCGGUCGAAGGCUGGAGUCGGGACCACCGAGCACCAACGCAGUGUUCUCUGGGCUGCACCUGCCCUUUGUGGGCUUUACGUACACAUUAGGAAGCCGCCUGGCUAGUGGUGCGAGUGAGUCAGUGGUGGACGGCAUUGCUACCCAUUCGGGUGACCAGAGCCACCUGUCAUGUGAGAAGAGGAUUCGAGCAUUAGAGAGGGAGAAUGCUGAGCUGGGCCAGCGCCUGGCUACUGAUCUCAAAAGAGGACUGCCAAAUUCAAACAGUGAAGUGUUACAAAGGACAUCAUCAACAGAUGGUGAGGUCCGUAGGCUUCAGGAUGAAGUCAACACCUUCAAGAAAAGGAAUGCAGAGUUGGAGUUGGAGCUGCAGCAGCGGCAGUCUUUGUCCAAUUCUCACGGGAGUUACCCUGUCGGGGAUGCCAAGCUCAAGGAGUUGGACAAGGCUUUGCGGCUAGCGCGGGUAGAGAAGGAAGAUGUUCAGCGAGAGUUAAACGAUGCCCAGGAGAGACUAAAACAGCAAAGCAAAGAGCUGAAGGAUGCAAUAGCACAGAAGAAACUUGCCAUGGAUGAGUACACAGAAGUCAGCGACAAGCUUUCAGAGUUGCGAACACAGAAGCAGAAGCUUUCACGACAAGUACGCGACAAGGAGGAGGAGCUGGAGAGUGCAAUGCAUAAGAUCGACAGCCUCCGACAAGACCUUAGAAAAGCGGACAAACUGCGAAGGGAGCUUGAAGCUCGUGCAGAAGAGACACAAGCUGAGGCCCUGAAGGAGCGGCGGUUACGAGAGCGCAGCGACGAAUAUGUGCACCACCUCGAAGGGGAGCUCGAGAAGUGCCAGGUUGGACGGCCAGCGCACGACGUUUCUCAGGAGGUCUCCAGGCUGAAAAAUGAGCUGGAGAACCAAGAGAUGAAGUUUCGGGAGCUGGAGAUCCAACUGCAAACGCGGCAUGCCAAUGAGCUGGGCACGAUUCGUGACCAAUUUCGAGAGGCUGAUGGGGCCAGGGACGCCCUGCUCAAGGAGGUGAUGUUACUAAAAGAGAAGAGCGAGAAAUCUCGUGUCGAAAGGCAAUCUUCUUCCAGUGCCAUUGAGAACCAGGAGACCUUAGCAGAGAUUAAGAAAGCGCACGAGCGAGAGAAGGCACUGCUUCGCGAGGAAGUCCACAAGCUCAACGAAGAAAGGGAAAGGCUUACGGAGACGUUGCGGAGGCAACUGGAAGAACGUCGUUGCCUGGAGGAAGAGAUUGGCCAACUGAGGGAGAAGAAGGAAUCUGUUGCCCAGUGGGAGGCACAGAUCAGUGAGAUCAUUCAGUGGGUGAGUGAUGAGAAGGAUGCUCGUGGCUACCUCCAGGCGUUGGCUACUAAGAUGACGGAAGAACUGGACUACCUCAGAAUGAGUGGCCUUCCCACGCCUACUGCGGACAAGAAUUGGCGCAACCGACGCUCCCAGAAGCUCGAGAAGAUGGAGCUACUGACGCUACAGUCAAACCUCCAGAGUGAGAUUCAGGCCAAGCAGGCUGUCAGUGAGGAACUCACACGUGUCCGUGCUGAACUCGUUGCCCAGCAAAAGGAGCAGCGAAAGCUACAACAGGAACUUGACCAUUUUCGAAAGGAGUCUACGAAGAAGGACUCCCAAAUCCGAGAUCUGCAACAGCGCUUAGACGCAGCAGGAGACGGAUUCCUGGAGCGACCCUCUUCGCAGAUGUCUUUUCUGGACCAGUUCCUGAAGGACACGUCUAGGUUAAAUCACAGUGACAGCGGCGAGUCACCCGACCAGGUCACCAAUGACACUGAAACCGAGCUCGAGGGGGGACCUCACUCGCCACCGCUUCCCCCUGUGGCGGUCAUCAACAAGACAACCAGCGCUGAGGAACACAGAGGAAUCAAAAUUUCAUCGCCCAUUGCUGACAUUCGCUCUCAAAUAACCGUUCUUACACCAAAGCCCAAAGCCCACCAGUUUCUAGUACGGACCUUUGUAGCCCCUCUAAAAUGCAAUCACUGUACUUCCCUUAUGGUUGGACUCAUUCGUCAGGGGGCUGUCUGUGAAGUAUGCGGCUUCGCCUGCCAUGUCACUUGCCAAGACAAGGUGCCUGCAGUGUGUCCUGUGCCCAUGGACCAAACGAAGAGGCCAGUAGGGAUUGAUCCUACGCGAGGUGUUGGCACAGCUUACGAGGGUUAUGUGAAGGUGCCCAAGCAAGGGGGCGUGAAGAAAGGCUGGCAGCGUCAGUUUGUGGCCGUUUGCGACUUCAAGCUCUUCCUGUACGACCUUCUACAGGACAAGAAUGUGCAGCCCGCGGUGGCUGCAUCCCAAGUGCUGGACAUGAGGGACGAAGAAUUCUCUGUGACAUCAGUCCUCGAGUCAGAUGUCAUCCAUGCCAACCGGAAAGACAUUCCCUGUAUAUUCAGGGUUUCAACGUCCAUGAUGGACCCUCCAGGGCUGCAGAGCCAGACACUGAUGAUGGUGGACAAGGAGAGCGAGAAGGUCAAGUGGGUGGAUGCGCUCAAUGAACUGCAUCGUAUUCUGCGCCGAAACAAGCUGCCGCACCGGACAGUAUUCCAGGCAAAGGAAAUCUUAGAUAGCACUGUUGUGAUUAUCAAGAAUGCCUUAUCAGCAGCUGUGAUAGAAGCUGACAGAGUUGCUUUAGGUACUGAGGAAGGGCUCUACUGUGUGGAUUUGGACAGGGAAGAAAUUGCCCGUAUUGGUGAUGGCAAGAGGAUUGCCCAACUUGAAUACAUUCCAGAGGAACAACUCCUCAUCGCUAUUGCAGGCAAGCAGCGGCAUCUGCGCUUGAUUCCUGUAGGCGCACUUGAUGGGCACGACGUGGACUGGAUCAAAGUGGCCGACACGAAGGGCUGCACCACCUUCUGCACUACCCACAUGGACCAUGGUGGCACACCCACCUAUUACUUUUGUGUCGCCGUCAAGAAACAGGUCCUAGUUCAUCAGGUGAAUCGAACGAAGAGCCGUCACGGCGGCCGACAGGUCAUCAGUGUUCCCGGCGUGGCCCAAUGUCUGGACGUCUGGCAGGACCGACUCUGCGUUGGCCUCCCCUCCCUCUUCUACCUGUACAAUCUACAGGGCACCACAGAGCCCGUCUGUUUAGUCCAGCCUGACAACAACCUGUCUUUCCUCCACCACAAUCCUAUGGAUGCCUUCAUGGCUGUGGAACUUCCGAACAAUGAAUACCUGCUGGUGUUUAGUCAGCUGGGAGUGUUCGUGAACGGCCAAGGGAAGAAGACCCGUGACAAGGAGGUCAUGUUCUCUGCUGUGCCCCUGUCAGUCAGUUAUUUUGACUCGUACCUCUGUGUGUACAUGGAAUCCCACGUGGAUGUGUUCGAGGUGACAUCUGGGGACUGGGUGCAAACAAUGAACCUCAAAAAGACAAAGCCUUUGUGCCGUGAUGGGCAGGUGUGCUUCACUCUUGUCACCGAAGCGCCUCAUGUGAUCUACAUGCACCCAAUCCAUAGGAGAGAGCAUGCGAUUCGAAUCUGUGGGCCCACGGAAUCGGGGUCCCAUCGUCCCGUGAUGACUGGAGGCAUGUCACAUGUGGCACCCUCUCUACGAGGAUCCACCUCCUCCAUGGCCGCAGCACUCGUGACACGAGCCAGGCGGAGGUUUUCAGUACGUGAAGCCGAGAAACAAAAGGGUGGUGACCGGCGGUCAAGGAUGAUAUCUGCGCCGUCGAACUUCAACCACAUUCAACACAUGGGUCCCAGUGAGCUGCAGAAGCUCAUUGAUCUGCCCACGACAGUGCAAGGAGUUGCAGCCAUGGAAGAGAAAAGAGCAUGGGUCAAGUCUGUGAAGCCACCAGUAGGUGUUCCAUUGCAACCCAAGAGGCCAGCGCCAUUGGCGCCUGGCACGGUACCUAGGACAGCAAAAUCCUCGCUGACUGCGUCACCCGAAGGAUCACUAUCAUCACAAGAACAUGGCUCGUUGCUUCAAAGCUCAACACAUGAUGACUCGAGAGGACAGCAGGCCAGCCCACGCCACUCGAUUGCCUCCAACAACAGCUCCAACCUGAGCACCCCGCCGAGUCCCGUUGACUUGGGUCUCGGACUGGAAGACACGCGUGAGCAGUUCUCCUCCAGCUACGAGUCUCAGAGCUAAGGUCACGCUGGGGUCAGAGGUCACCAUUCAACCAACCAUCUCGUGACCUGCUGCAUCCUUGGUUGUUUCUGGUUCCAGCAUCACAGCUGCUCACAAGCAUUCUUUUUCUGUGUGUGUCUGAUAUGUGCGUGUGUAAAAAAAAAGAUAUGAAGAGCACUGUUUAGCUUUUUUAUUUUAAAUUUGUGCAUUUGUUUUUGCUCAGGUGCAAACACUCGACAAGUGGCCACUGAGGUCUAUCUUUGCAUUGAUGUGGUAUCAAUGACACAUGUUGAAACACCGGUGUCUGCAUUUUUUUAGCAGUCAUGCCUGUUUACGAUAAUGUGGUUUUUGUGCAGUGACUAGAUUGGUUGACUGGACUUGCAUACAAACUUUCGACUUGUGGUGCUGAUAGUAUGAUCUACCAAGCUUUACAAAGUGCAUGGCGAAGGGCAGCUGUUCAUGCCAGGUAUGCAGGACGACCUCUACACUGGAUGCUGGUCCAAGGGCUGGUGCCUAGCUCAUGCCAAGGUGCGACUGAAGGGAAGUUCAACACCCUCGCAGAGACGCUGAACGCUCAUGUCACAAGUAUUCACUUUCAGGAAAAAUUUGCGACAUUGUUGUGGGACCCAAGACGGUGGCAAAGGUGCAAGCAGCCAACCGACGCGAGCCCUUUAUUCUUGUCUGGCAACUCACUUCGAGUGUCUUGCCUGUUCUAAGCAUGUGAUUGCUUCUUGAAGACCUCAUUCUUUUUAGAGUUCAAAUGUUUUGCUAGCGCCGACAUUGAAAAUGCUCAGGCUACAGGGGAAACCCUACUAUGUCUUUCAGGAUAUUGCGCUUUGUACUGUCGUGCCACACGUAGGCUCCUCAAUCGGGAUUGAAACUUGAAUGUAUUACAGCAUGUUGAGUUGCACACAUCAGGCAGUGGUUACUGUAUAAAUGAACUUGGUACCCACAAUUAUACGUUAACUGUGCAUGUUGUGUGCGCGGUGUUGUCUUUUUAAGUUCCUCUGUUGGCGGCAUCUGUGUAUAGAAAUUUUAGUAGCAUUUACUACUAGCCUUCAAAACACAUGACGGCAUUUCUUAUUCCUCUUAAUGUGUACGUAGAUAAUAGGUACAUACUUAAAGAUAGCCAGAACUCAUUCUCAUUGAAAUCAGUAAAAAGAGAAUGAGCAUCGAUUUGGUGUUGGAGUAGCUCACCGAGUCGUUCGCAGCCACUUGAAUGACCCAAGCAUUGCUAGCUGCUUUUUAGUUGACAUUGAAAAACCUUGACACUGAAAUAAGAGUCUAUUGUAGAUAUGUUAUCCAAUAGCAUGAAUGAGAUGUAUAUUAUUGAAAGCAAAAAGAAACUAUGUAACCCGUGGUACAUCACUGGCUGGGAAUGCAGGGCAAAUGACUUCUUGCCUGAUUAACAUUGCCUUUCGUGAUGCUGUUCAGCAGAUUCUGUGUGCAACUGCAUGUGAGCCUACUUUGAGACGGGUAUUAAGUCGCUGCAGUGGCAACACAUUUUUAUGUCCCGUUUUUUUUUCUUUUUUUUCCAUUAUGGUCUUUGCCCAAGAUAUACUUGGUACAGUGCUUCUGAGGAUUUCACUGUAAAACAGGUGUAAAGCAUGACAUGUUCACAUGUGCCAACAGAAGCCAACAUUGCUGCAGUCACAGCCUCAUAUUGCCUGAUAUAUCUGAAUUUUGCUGUAAUGGUGACGUGUCGUACAUAGGAGAGUUGACAUGCAGUGUAACAACUUUCUGUGGUAAUUGCAAGAAUCGUCUGCAUGAUUGCACUUCUAAGAGGUCAAUGAGUUUCAUGUAACCAAAUUAAAGUUAGUUGGCCAAGGCCAUGUUUAAAGUUGGCUGGCUUUAUGAUGCUUAUCUUAGAAGUGCUUUGCACAUUCGAUGCAGUGUUUAUCUCUGUCCAAAAGUAGGAUUUCUUGAGCGACACCGGCUGGAGCAUUGUUACGACUGCUUUUAUUGUGACAAAUAGUAUGUACUUCGUCAAGAGAAGCAAGUGCUGCAUUAAUUUUUUUAAAGCAUUCUUUGUCAAGGCAGGAAGAUCACACUAUGAAAAGUAUUUUGGUCUAGUACUGUGCAAUGUUUAAAUUCAAUGAAACGUGUACUUUUUGAGGCUGUUAAUAUAACUUGUCCCAUGCAUGACUGUGCCACUACCUGUGACUUGUAAAUAUUGCCUAGUGUUGCUGCUGGCCUCAUUUCUCUUUCUUCUUUUUUUCUUUCUGAGUAAUCUGAAAUCAGGGACAAGGGGGCAUGUGUUUGAUUUUGUGUGUACCUACAUGCUAUAUUACUGUAGAGAACAAUCAAUUUGCCACUACAGAAUGUUGUUGCCAGAAUGCAAGUACAGUCGAACAUUUCUAUAAUGAAGUCACGUCUGACAAGAAAAUACCUUGAUUAUAUCCGAUGUUCUGUAUAAGCACAUAUUUGAUAUGUGCUAAUAUCGGCCAGAAACAUUUUAAACUUACUUUGUUAUGUCUGAUAAUGUGUUAUAUCCAUGUUUGUUGUAUCAAGGUUCGACUGUAGCACUGUGUACAGAUAUGUUUUUCACACUUGUGUGUCUUACAGCCGCUGCCCAUUUUUCAAAAUACUCUCGCUGUGAAGCACAGAACUGGCGAUUGUUUGCCUUUGUGGCUGCUUCUAGUAAGCACUGAAGUGUAGUCGUACUCUGCUGACACCAUUGCAGUUUCUGCAAAACAGCAACAGUCCAUCUCAGAAUUUGGAAACCACUAUGGUUAUGGUGAUUAUGGCUCUGAUAUUCAGAAAUGUGCACCCUAAAUUGCUGAAUUUGCUGCAGUGCAUAACUUUAGAAAAAUGGGCAGAAACUGCUGCAAUUUUGCAAGUUCAUGGUUUUAUAGAUGUAAACCAACACCAUGUACAGACAUGCGCAGAAUUUUUCGGAACUCUGGAGACACGAGAAUAAAGUGAAAUUCUGUCGCAGACGGGCUCACCGGUUGAGCUGGGUGGCGGGAAAUACAGUUGGCAUCAAAAGUUUGCUGGCCACGAGACCAGAGAUAAUGUUGAAUUUCCUUGCAGUUUGCCACAGUAGCAAAACCAUACAACACUAUGUUGUUUGCAUAAACUGUAUACAGGCUGGAAAUUCGAAUAUAAGGCUGCAUGCUCACCAGGCUGCGGAAAUAUUCAACUUUACAGAAAUACCAUGGUUUGGAAACUUUUGAUGGAGACUGUGCACUUUGAAUGUGGCUCCUGCAAGUGAUGAUCAUACUGUUCAAUUUCUUACUGCAUAUUUCAGCUGCAGUGGAAGUUGCGUGUUUUUAUUAUAAUUAUUACUGGAUCCUUUCUAGGCUUCUAUGUUCUGAAGACUUUGGGAGUGGUUGUGCAGUCCUUGCAAGGAGUUUUGAAGCCAUUAUGCAGGUAGCACACCCAGUGGUCUAGAGCUCAGUAGAGUGAAGAGCUGUGGCUCUUUUAACUUCUGCAGGCAUGUAGCUGUGAAAGUUCUACUGGUGCUCCUGUAUAUUGUCUUACAAAAGGACUGUUCAUUCACGCAAGCAUCUUUAACAAAGACAAUGAGAGCACCAAUGUAUGAUGUUGGCCACCGAAAUCCUUCAAAGAGAUUACUCUGCGAGACUAUUUAUUCAGGUUGCUGUGUGCUGCUCGCAUCUGCAGUGAUGUAUUUCCCCCAGGUUUUCACCGCCAGACAGACUGACACAGCAAAGCUGCCUUUUCUGAGAGCAUGUACCCCCGAUUUUGACAGUGCGCUUAGCCAAUCCUCUGCACUUUCGCUCUUGUGAGCUUUGCUAUUGUAUUUAAGCUCUUGUUGCCUGCGCACAAUGUUCUGUGUGGGGACAAUUGAUGCCCUCUUUUGAUGGUAUGUGCACAACAAAGAUUCAAGUAAACCAGCACAUGCACUCUCGCCAAUGCUAGAAAGCACAUGUUGUGCACAUGUAUAGCUUCUUGCAACAAAGUUUGUUUUAAUUUAUUUCAAGACCACAGCCUGGGAGUAGCCUAAAGAGUGAGCUGUGCUAUAGUUGCAUGCGUGCCCCUCUCCAUCCUCCUCUCGUAAUGUGGAGAGCAAUGUUGUUUAUUGAGUAUUCUAUACGAACAUAGGCCUUCUUUUAAAGAGAGGAAACUGUGUGUGUACAUUUAGUUGGCAUGAUGUCUUUUUAGAAGAACUUGUGUUUGAAGCAUUU